UUCCCUUUCCUCGCCCGGGAGGGGCUGUGCGUUCUGCAGAGCGGUUCGCUGUCGGCUCGCGCCUGCUGGCGACUCACCUACCGCGCUCUCUGGCUCGGCCAGCCUGACUCAUCUGGGAUAGGUGGCCGGGCUCGGGAGACCUCAGAGGGCGGAAGGACAGGAGGAGGCGGGCCGGGCCCUUCCCCCAGAGCCGGGGAGGCGUCGCAAGGACGCAGGUGAAACCGACUCCGACCUAUCCCGGGAAGUUUAGCUGCGGGGACUCGCUGCGAGAGGCCAGCGUCGCGCAGGGGCGGCGGGGGAGCCGCCCUCUCCUACCCCGGCUGGGUGCGGGGACUCAACCCGGGGCCUCUUCCCGGGGAACCCGCGCUGCUCCUGGCUCGCUCGGGGGCUGCAAGCAGCGCCGCCCUCCACGGCCGAUGGAGGCGGGUGGCGCCGCCCCGGGCGCAGGUGACACAGGACAGUCCCGGGUUUCGGCUGGCAGGGGGGAGCUCAGGGAGAGCGAAAAGCUGACACUCGGGGCCAGGAGACGACAAGGCAGCGAUGGCCCGAGAGUUAAGCCAGGAGGCACUACUGGAUUUUCUGUGCCAGGCCGGGGGAAGAGUGACCAACGCCGCCUUGCUGAGCCACUUCAAGAGCUUUCUCCGAGACCCGGACGCGCCCCCCAGCCAGCACCAGCGCCGCCGCGAGCUCUUUAAGGGCUUCGUCAACUCGGUCGCCGCAGUGCGCCAGGACCCCGACGGCACCAAGUAUGUGGUGCUCAAGAGGAGGUACAGGGACCUUCUGGGGGAGGAGGGGCUGCAGCGACCCCGAGACCCGCCCGCGGCCGCCGCCCCUGCAGGGGGAGCUGCGUCCUGCGCCCCGCAGGGCGCGCGCGGGGCAGAGCAGGCGCCGCAGCCGCCUAGGCGGCGGCGGCGAGAGAAGGAGCCAGAGGAGGAGCCUGCAGGUGUCGCAGCCCCGGCCGCGCACUCAGGUUGCAAUAGACUCGCAGCCAGCCGCACCCGGGAGGCAGCCCGGGGAGGCGGCGGCCGCAGGGGCGGCUCUGGCCACAGGGCGGGAGCGAGGUGCGCCGCGGCGGAGACACAGGGCCGCUGCUGCUGGGAGUGUCUCCAAAACAGCCUGGAGGGACUGCCGGGGGAGCAGGUGCUCGGUGCAGUCCCGGACCCCGCCACCGCCGGGGAGAAGCCGGCGCGUGACCCGCCGACCCAGGAUGACCGCGGGGCUCCCAGGCAGCCGCCGGAAGGCGCGCCCGCUGAGCGUGUACCGGUGCCUGCAGCGCCCUGCUCGCCUCCUGCAGCUGUCGAGGCUGCUGGGAGCCCGGCUUCCCCGCCUGCUCUCCUGUCCUGCCCUAUCUCGCCCGGAGACCGGCCAGAGCUGAUGACCCCGGACUCCCUGCAAUAUUCCACCCUGCAACAGCAGCAACAGCGCACUUGGGAAUGGGUGGCUAGACAUCCCCAGAUACCCAAGGCCCGGGACCAAGGCCCCGUCCGAGCCUGGUCAGUGGUGCCAGACCACUUCCUCCAGCUACCCUCGGAGCUGAGCUUCUGGGUCCGGGAACCUAACUCAGAGCCUCCAGACCCCACUCUUUCCUCUCAUUCUGUCCUUCCUGUUGUUCCGGAAUCCUGCCCCGAGAACCCUCCAUUGACAGUCUUUCGUAGCAUUCGUUGUCAGCUGUCCCUCCAAGAUCUGGAUGACUUUGUGGACCAAGAGAGCCACGGCAGUGAGGAGAGCAGCAGUGGGCCCAAAGAGUCUCCUGGGGGUUCUGAAGAGGGGCUGCAGGUUGCUCUGGGAACCCCAGAUCAGAGAAAGCUCAGGAAUCCAGCUGGAGGCCUUUCUCCAAAGGAGGGCAGCCCCAGCAAGAGCCUUCAGGGCCUCAGGAACAGAGGGGAUGGUCACACCUCUCAGCAGGUCUCAACAGAGGCUAAUGGCCUUGCAGGCCACCCGCAGGAGUCUUUGCCCUGUGCAGCUCCCAAGUUAAGGAGAUCCCUGAGGAGGAGCUCUCAGGCAGGGAGAGUCAAAUUGUCUUCUUCUGAUGAGGAGUAUCUUGAGCAGGACCUGCUGAAAAGGACUCGUCGCCCACCACGGUCCAGGAAACCCUCCAAGGCAGGAGCAGCCUCCAGCCCAAGAGUGGAUGCUGCUUUGAUACCGAGACCUACAGACAUUAAGGCUUCUGUUGCUGAGCGGGGUCAGCCACACACCUCCUGGGCCCGGGCUGGGGAGGAGUCUGCAGCCUUGGUCCCACACAGACCUUCUGAGCACAAGUCAUCUGCGGUCCCCCUGGAUGCUAGGGAGCAUGAAUGGAUUGUGAAGCUUGCCAGUGGCUCUUGGAUGCAGGUGUUGACUUUGUUUUGGGAGGACCCCCAGCUGGCUCUGCACAAGGACUUCCUGACUGGGUAUACUGCCUUGCACUGGAUAGCCAAACAUGGUGACCUCAGGGCCCUUCAGGACUUUGUCUCCAGCACACAGAAAGCAGGGAUUGCUCUUGAUGUAAAUGUGAAGUCCAGUUGUGGAUAUACCCCUCUGCACCUUGCAGCCAUUCAUGGCCACCAGGGAGUCAUCAAACUGCUAGUGCAAAGGUUGGCUUCUCGAGUGAAUGUCCGGGACAGCAGUGGGAAGAAGCCAUGGCAGUAUCUGACCAGUAAUACCUCUGGGGAGAUAUGGCAGCUACUGGAAGCCCCUCGGGGCAGGCCCAUUUUUCCCGUGUACCCUUUAGUCCGAAGCUCUUCCCCCACCAGGAAAGCCAAGAGCCGGGAAUUAUCUAGAAAUAUCACCCGGAAGACUUCCUUUGCCGCACUUCUCAAAAAUCAGCACAGCAAAUGGAAAUUGGCCAACCAGUAUGAGAAAUUCCCUAAUCCAAGGGAAAGAGAAGAGUACAGUGACUGAGGUGAUCCCUUCUUUCGAACAUGCAGCCACCACACCCUGAUCCUUGAGUUGUUCAGUGAGAAAAUUCAGGGGCAGUAGAAAAAUUGCUGAGGAGUUGGUAAGAAAGAGAUCGUGUGAGAUGGCCCACCUAGUGUUUACCUGCCUGGAUUUUAUGUCAUCACAUCCCAGACCGCAGGGGUCAUCCAAGCUUUCUGACAGCUCAAGUCUUGGGCCAGCGAAACCUAGGCACAGGACAGAGGCAGGUGCUUAAAACCCAGGAGGGAUUCUUCCUCUUCCCUCGCCAGCACAGAUCUGGGCACAGUGAGCCAUGCUGUUUUCCGAAGCAGCUACCCCCAGGCCUUGGCUACAGAGGGAACAUAUGUCUAAGAAAAAGGGAGGCAAUUCAAGGGUUUGAUGAACCUCAAACAAAAUCUCUGGCUAGUAGCUCUCUGGCUUCUAUUCGUUUGGAGAAUAAAUCUUGGCUGAGAGUGGAGAGCACCAGGUUCGAAAUCAGAUAGUUCCUGCUUUCUCCUUUUUCUUUCUUCCCUUCUUCCCUCCCUCCUUCUUCCUUCCCUCUUUCUUCCUUCCUUCCCUCCUUCUUCCUCCAUUCCUCCCCUCUCUCCCUUC